UCCUGUAAUAAAAAGAUGGUGGUCAAAGCUGAGAGAAGCGGGUGACUCGUAGCAAUUAUUUCUAAUAGAAAAACUUUGCAUUGCCCAGGACUAGUGAAAUAAAAGAGUGGCGGUGUGUCAACGGCCGGGACCACUGAGGCUAGAGUGGGGGUCGGGAGAUCAUCGCAGACCCUCGAAGCGCUGCAGAUUCUGUAGAAGGUUGAUAAUGUUGGACUGACUGCACUCAGUGCCUCUCCCCUCCUUCCCUUAAAUAUGGCAGCGUCAUCUGCCUAUCAAAACGAGACAUCCUCAGAAUCCGGACCCAACAGCAGUACCAGCCGAAUCAAAGACGAGUGUGAAUCGGAAGAACCAAGCAAGAGACUCAAGGUUGAUCAUGACCAGGAUGCAGAAAAGAGCCCACAUAAAGUAGACUUUUGGUUCUGUGAGGAGUGCAAGGAAUAUUUCUUGGAGAAAUGCCCUGCCCAUGGUCCUCCGGUGUUUGUGCCAGACACGCCUGUGGCGCUGGGUAUACCCAACCGGGCUGCCCUCACAGUGCCCUCUGGAAUACAGAUUGUCCGGGAGGAGGAGGAGGUUGAUGUGUGCUGCAUAGAUGCGGACAUACCUAAAGGAGCGCUCUUCGGCCCAUACCAGGGAGAGCUCGUGUCUAAGGACAAUUCCUCUGGGUUCUUCUCCUGGAUGAUUGUUGAUGAGAACAACACUUACAAAUCCAUUGAUGGCAGCGAUGAAACAAAAGCCAACUGGAUGAGGUACAUCCGGAAUUCGUCGGAUGAGAGUGAGAGGAACUUGACAGCUUUCCAGCACAGAGAACACAUUUAUUUCAGGGUUUGCCGACAGUUGUCAGCAGGAGAGAAGCUCCGUGUGUGGUACAGCAACGACUAUAUGAAAAGACUGCACAGCAUCUCGCAGAACAGCAUUGACCGUAACCUGGAAAUGGGCAUGUCGACUGUUGGAAAAUCUGAGGUACAGCAGGACACCAGAGGACCUGUGCUCAGGUCAGCUCUGCAGGGCAGGCGCAGCCUCAGCAAGCACACCAGCGAGGAGGGGGAAGGCCAACCACAGGCAAAGAAAAAGAAGAUCGAUAUGAUAUUUAAGGAUGUCCUGGAAGCAUCUCUAGAGGCCUCAAAAAGCCAGGUCAAUCCCCUAAACAGUACCUUCUCUCUGAGGCGCAUCAAAGCACAGCAGGUCAGCCACCGCUACAGCCAUUCAACCCCGCUAUCCUCCCAGAGUGGGGAGUAUUAUAUACCCCUGGAGGAAUGCAAACAGCCUGGUCUUGGUCAUCACCAAUCAGAGCACUUAGAGGGGGGCUUUGACAUUGGGUGUUUGAAGAUUGAGGAUUCAGAAGAUGACAUUGGUCAGACUAAUGAUGGGCCUUCCACUUCAUUCUGCCCCAACUGUGUGAAGCUAAAAAAGAGGAUUCGGGAGCUUGAAGAAGAAGUGUUUCGUCUGAGGGGAGGGGAACAGGUGGAGGUACCUCCCCACCCAGAGCUGGCCCCAAUUGAGGAUCUCCAAGCUGAGGCCAUGACCCCGGUUCCUGUGGUUCUGGAUGAGGAUGAUCAAGACGUGGACUCUGCAGAUGAGUCUAUCACUGCUGAACUCAUGGUGGCUCCCGAGGAUGCCUCAAAGCUGUUGGCUGGGCCUGGCCGACGGAUACGCCGCUUCAAGCAGGAAUGGCUCAAGAAAUUCUGGUUCCUGCGUUACUCGCCAACGCUCAAUGAGAUGUGGUGUCAUGUCUGCCGCCAGUACACCGUCCAGUCCUCACGCACUUCCGCCUUCAUCAUCGGCUCCAAGCAGUUUAAGAUCCACACCAUCAAGCUGCACAGCCAAAGCAACCUGCACAAGAAAUGCCUGCAGCUUUACAAGCUCCGGAUGCACCCUGAGAAAACUGAGGAGAUGUGCCGGAACAUGAUGCUGCUGUUCAACGCUGCAUACCAUCUAGCUCUUGAGUGCAGACCCUUCUCGGACCUUCGAGCUCUAGCUGAGUUGCUUAAGAAAUGCGAGCUCAAGGUUGUUGACCAGUACAUGAACGAAGGUGACUGCCAGAUCCUUAUCCACCAUAUCGCCAGAGCUCUGAAGGAAGACCUGGCAGAGAGAAUUCGACUUUCACCCUUCCUGAGUGUCAUCAUGGACGGGCAGAAUGAUGAUUUGCUGUCAGACACUGUUGCUGUGUAUGUGCAGUUCAUUACCAGCGAGGGACCGCCUGCCACAGAGUUCCUCUCCUUGCAGAGGCUAAGCGUUGGCACUGUGGAUGGCUACCUCCAGGCCAUCGAUCGGGCCUUUGCUGUGCUUGGCCUUAGACUCCAGGACAUGCUAGUGGCUGGUCUUGGGGUCGAUGGCGCUAACAUCUCCUCCAGUUUAAGAGCAAAUCUGUACAUUGCUGUACGAAAAACACUACCCUGGAUCCUCUGCUUGCCAGUCAUGAUCCAUCGUCCUCAUCUGGAGGUGCUGGAUGCUAUCAGUGGGAAGGAACUGUCCUGUUUGGAGGACCUGGAGAACAACCUGAAGCAGCUCCUGAGCUUUUACCGGUACUCCCCUCGCAUGAUGGCUGAGCUCAGGACUACUGCCCCCACGCUGUCUGAGGAGACUGAGUUUCUGGGAGACAUACGAGCCGUCCGCUGGAUUAUAGGAGAGCCAAAUGUACUAAAUGCUCUUAUCAAAGAUUACCUGGAGGUGGUAGCUCACCUAAAGGAAAUCAGCAGCCAAACACAGAGGGCAGAUGCAGCAGCCAUCGCCUUAACCCUGCUUCAGUUCCUCAUGGACUACCAGUCUGUCAAGUUAAUAUAUUUUCUCCUGGAUGUCAUCGCUGUCCUUUCACGCCUAGCUUUCAUCUUCCAGGGGGACUACCUGCUGGUGUCUCAAGUAGAUGCCAAAAUUGAGGAGGCCAUCCAUGAGAUCGGUCAGCUGGUGGACUGCCCUGGGGAGUACCUGCAGGAGUUUGAGGAAAACUUCCGUGAAAGCUUCAAUGGCGUAGACCUUAAGAACUUGCGCGUUGCCGAAUCAAAGUUCCAAUCCAUCCGAGAAAAGAUCUGCCAAAAGAGCCAGAGCAUCUUGUCCCAGCGACUCGACAUGCACAGCCGCACUGUGGUCAAGGCGUCCCGGGUGCUCGACCUGACCACCUGGCCAAGGAACAGGGAAGACAUGCGAGCCUUCGGUGAGGAAGAGAUCCUACAAAUCUUUGAUCACCUGGAAGUGAUCCCUACGGCUGGCCAUGAGUCUUUGCGGGACCGAACUGACGCUCGGGGCAGUCUACUCGUAGAGUGGAGGGACCUGAAAGCCGACUACUACAGCAUGAAUGGCUUCAAGGAGGUGGUCAGUCAAAUCUCCAGGUACAAGCAGCGCUUCCCUAUGCUUAACCGCAUCCUCCAAGUUGUCAGGGUCUUGCCCACUUCCACCGCCUGUUGUGACAAGGGCCGGGAAUCCCUAAAGAAAGUGCGGAAGAACAACCGCUCAAGGCUGACGCUGGACCAGAUGAAUGACCUACUGACACUUGCGGUUAACGGGCCACCCAUAGCCAACUUUGAUGGCAAACGACCAUUGGACAGCUGGUUUGAAGAGAAGUCUGGCAACAGUUAUUCACUUUCAGCUGAAAUGCUGAAUAGAAUGUCGGCUACUGAACAAAAGUCAGUUCUGCACAGCAUGGAUGUGAACACAGAGUUUUACCCUGAUAUUUGAAUGAUGAGGGCCCAGGCUUUGCUCCACUUUAUUCCAAAAGCCAUCCGGGUUGGGGGUGGGCGGGGUUGAUCUGGGCUAUCGUGUGAUUGGCCAUAAUAGUGUGCAAUGGCCCUGCUGCUAAGAUGGCCUGAUCAGCAUCACUUGGAAACUUAGCUAGUAGAAUUGUAAAUUUGUUGAAAUCACUUUUAUUUCAAGCUCAGGAGGCAAAGCUGGUCUUUAAGAGGCAAGACAACAAAUCAGCAAAGUUGACUUACUAUAAGAACAAUCACUUUGUAUGAGUGUGUUAAAGUAUGCAUAACACAUAGCACUUAUAACAUAUGCUAAUCGCUGUUAUCAACUCUGUAGAGAUAACAAUUGUCAUUUAGUCUGGAUUGUAAACUCUGCAAUCAACAUUCAUUAGGAAAUGCCAUAGGUUAAUAGGUCAAAAGCACAUGUUUUUGUAACAAUGAAAAUAAUUUUUCCUUCAAACUUGUCUUUGAAUUCUAAACAUUUACUAUAAUGUAAAUGUCUUUUGGCUUAAUUUGAAAUUAUUUGGUGUUUGAUUCAUAUGAUGUUGUAUGUGAUUGUGCCAUUAGAGCAUAUUGUAAAUUGAUUAAGUGAUUAAUUGAAACAACUAACAAAGGUGCUAGGCCACAUGUUGUCACAGGAGAAUGUAUGGUUUGUUUAAAUGUUGUUUUAUACUGGUAUGUACUGUUACAGUGAUUGAUAUUUCUACUGUGGCUUUUAUAGGUCUUAAAAUACUCCAUGGGGAGAAAUGUAUUAACAUGUUUUAAAUUGCUUAAUCAAAUGCAGGCAUCUAUUAUUCAGUAGUAUGAUAUUCAUUUGCAGGGUAAAAAUGCAAAAAAAUUGCUUAUGUUCGUAAAUGUUAUCAACAUUUUCUUUUAAUAAUAUUGUUUGUAAUUUGCAGAUAUUUCUUGCAUUUACUCUUGUUAAGUUGUUGUUUUUUUAUAAUACUUCUCCUGCCAAAUCGUCAAGACAGCUUUGAGAGCCAUGCCACUAGAAUGUAGUCACGUGUGCAAUAUGUAUACGGAGGGGUCUAAAAUAAUUCAAACCCUUGAUAAAGAUUUGCAACAAUUUCUGUCUAAAAAUGUAAAAUACUGAGCAGUAUUGUAUGCUCAAAGAAUUUGACAUUAUACGUGUAUACUAAUGUAAUUACUCAAAGCUGCUAUUUAACUUAAAUUUAAACAGCUUAGGGGUCAAAAGAAACUCAAAUGGUGAAAAAACUCAAACAUAAUCUUAAUUUCUUACAUUUUGUAAAGGUUGUAUGAAUAACAUCAGUGAUACACUAUAUUUUACUGUAGAUAUGAAAUGGGUUUCUUUUCUGCUAAUUCAUUCUUAUUUUCACCCCAAACCCAUCAGCUGUGUGUGUGGCAGAGGACUCAGUUUUCAUGUCAUCUGACCAAAGUACAGGUAUCCAGUCAAGGUGCUAAUUCUUUUCAGUUGCAUUAAAAUAUGGCUCUUUGGCAAUAUACAACCCAACAGUGGGAAAGUGGAAAAGAACUCCAUACCUGCAGUAUGGUGUUGGAUCAGUGAUGUUAUGUGGUCUUAUGGCUUCCACUCGUAGUAUGGCCUUUCAGAUCAACAGUGAUAAAAUAAAUAUUAAAAUGUGCAAGGAAAUGCCUACAAUCAGGUUAAAUUGGGCAGGGGCCAGCAGGAGCUGAGCUCCUGCACAUAUGGUCAAAAUUAGAUCUAAGGGGAGCUGAGCUCCUGUACUUCCACUGGCAAGCAAUUUAACAGGUUAGAUAGAACUGGAAAGUUGUGCUCCCCACUUCUCAAAUCCCAAUUUAACCCCUGGCUACAUUGUAAACAUUUACCUAACUCAGUGUCCAUAUCUGGAAAGAUUGUGUGUGGAGUAGUGGUCUAAGUUCCCUCCCAGUUUGUUCUCCAACUUAUGAAAUAUUUUAGAAAAAGUCUCGGUGCCAUUAUCCCCAGAAGGUGAAGUAGUGUUUGGAUGCCAUAAAGCGGAAAAAAUACUACUACUUACCUGAUACUAGCUCAAUAGUUGUAUAGUGUAUUUUAUUGUGUAUAGUGUCAUUUUUGCUCAUCUUUAUUAGGGACAUCAGUUAUGUUGGACUGUUUAUGAGUUAUGGCAAAAUUAAACUGUUUAGAAGUAAAUACUACCCAUCUUAAUACAUUACUUAAUGCCAAUGCCAAAUUCAUUAAUGGACAGAAUUUUUUUCCUGAAAUGCAUAUUUUUGUGGCUGCUACAGUUGUUGUCGUACAUGCCAAAGUGUAGAUUUCAGAAGUGUCUGGAAACUGGAAUAAGUUAAAACAUUAAUUACAUAUUUUUUACUAUUCUUUUUCAGAGUAAUAUCCCUUGCAAAUUAUCCAAGUCUCUGAUAAUUUAGUGUGGAGUGAAAUGCAUUUAAUAUCCCAGAAACCACUAACUUUGCACCUGUGUCGUAUAAACUGAACCGUAUGAGUAACUGUUAACCAGGGUUGAUGGGAUCAUUUCUCUUAUGUUGGUUAAUGACUCAGACUGUUUGACUUUGUUGUUGAAAAUGUAUUGUAAAUUGUACAUGUAUUAUACUUUAUAUUGACUUAGUGGCCAUGCAUUAAUCAGAAACAUAUAUUUUUGCAUGUAUUGAAAGUGAGUUUGUUGAGGUUCACUUUUGUUCCUCAAAGGCACAUCGCUGAUCAGUGGCAGUGUCUGAGCCAGAUUGCUUUUAAGCCUAAGAUUUCACCUUUAAAUGAAUUUAUGUGAUGUAAUAAUUUAAAGUGGUAAGCACACUUGCUCUGUUGGCAUGUUUGCUGUACGCUACUCUAUAUGCAUGCUAUUGUAAUCCUCAAAUAACAACAUACACAUUUAUUACAAAAACAUGCAUUUUUCAGCAUAUGUAUUUUGGUUGGAUAUAGACUACCACCUCAAUGAGGUAUGAAAUGUGUACAUUUGUCACAAAAACUGUUUUUCUUUUUGUUUACUCAAAUCGAGAGUUUACCAUGCCCAAAAUCUGCCAAAAUUCAAGAACAUAUUUUCUUAUUUUGGCUAAAGAAAUAUUUGUUUGGUCUAAUAAGUUUUUUAAACCCUGAGUUUUCUCAUGGUGAUAUUCAAGAUACAGUCUUCAUUCACAAGGCCUGCCAGGCAUCUCAUUCUCCAUUUUAUACUGUCAGUUGAAGUGAACCUCUUAUCCAUUAUUACUCAAGUACUCAAAUAAGAUAAAUCUUCUAAUCCAAAUGGAAGAGUUUGUGGGAUAUUGACAGCCCACCAUUGUUCUCAACUGGCAACUAAUUCCAUUGUACUUGUAUUUCCAUUAUACUGAACAAACAUAUAAAUGCAGCAUGUUAUGUUUUGGUUCUAUGUUUCAUGAGCUAAAAUAAAAGGGCAGAACCUUUUAAUAUGCAAAGAAAGCAUAUUUCUCUCAAACGUGUUUACAUCUUUGUUGGUAAGUUGUUUUUCUUUUAUAUAUACUGUAACUCAGUAAAAUCUAAGAAGUGUUUGCAUAUUGAAAGUGCAUCUAUAUUUUUGUUCAGUGUAUUUAGUAUCUGAUGUACUUAAAACCAAACUCAACGCAGGCCUGGUUUAAUAAAUGAACUCUUAACAAUUGGCAGCUGUAUAUUUCAUCAACUGCAUCACAAUGCCAAAAAUAUUUGCCCUCUGAAUGCAAUAAUUCUGAGGAAUGCUUUUUGUGUGUUAGCCUAUCUUUGGUACAUAAAUUAUAAACUGCUUUGG